UUAGUGUUUGUGUUUCUGCAGUUGGAGCGUCAGCUGCUGAUGCAGAAUCAGAUGCGUGAGCGUCAGAUGGCGAUGCAGGUCGCCUGGUCCAGAGAGUUUCUCAAGUACUUCGGUUCCUUCUUCGGUUUGGCUACGCUGGGUCUCACCAUCGGAGCCGUCAGAAAGAGGAAAGCGGCUCUGCUGGCUCCUGUGGUUCCUCUGAGCUUCGUCCUGGCGUAUCAGGUGGAUGCGGCCUACGGAUCGCUGAUGCACCGCAUGAGGGAGGAGGCCGAGAGCAUCAUGGUGUCUGAGAGCGAGCGUCUGGCUCUUCCUCAGGGGAUGCCCACGUUUGAGAGCAUCGAGAAAUCUCGCCGAGCCAAAGCGCAUCUGACGUCUCUGCUGGAGAGAUGAGAAUCCUGACGUCACCUCAGAUCGACUCCAGCAAUGUUUCCUCCGUUAGCUGAAGCUGGAAGCUCCUCUGAGAAGCUCUCGAUCUCAGCGCUCUAACACAAAGCCAAUAUUUCACCCAAAAUUGCUGUCGGUGUCAUUGAUCAACAUGUGAUGAGUCGAUUCUCAGGUGUUUUGGAAGAAACAUGUUGCAUGUUGAGAUUAAAUAUGAUUAAAAGAUGUCGUGUGUAAUUUCAUCUUGAUUCAUUAUUAUAAUGGAGAAUCCAACAGUGUUCAGUUUUUAUUGUGAUCAUGAUCUUUGUUC